AUGAGCAGCACUGUGGCCAGCCCGAUGUCAACGGCCGCUUCUUCAAGCGGUGGAAGAGGUUCAGGAAAAUCAACAAGCUUUACACCUGAGCUGCAAAGCAUGAUGUUUUCCUUGGGAGAUGCUCGCAGGCCACUGCAUGAAACUGCAAUAUUGGUGGAAGACAUUGUCCACACUCAGCUGAUAAAUUUGUUGCAGCAAGCAGCUGAUGUUUCUCAGAUGAGAGGAGCUCGAGUCAUCUCYGCUGAAGAUCUCCUGUUUUUAAUGCGCAAAGAUAAGAAGAAGCUUAGAAGGCUACUUAAAUACAUGUUUUUUCGAGACUACAAAUCUAAAAUUGUCAAAGGCAUAGAAGAAGAUGACCUCAUUGAAGACAAGUUCAACAGUAACAACACCAACAAACGGCAGAAACUUGCUCAAGACUUUCUCAACUCCAUUGACCAGACCGGGGAACUCCUAGCCAUGUUUGAAGAUGAUGAGAUUGAUGAUGUUAAACAAGAGCGGAUGGAGAGAGCAGAAAGACAAACACGAACGAUGGACUCAGUCCAGUAUGCAGAAUUUUGUGAAAGUCGGCAGUUGAGUUUUUCAAAGAAAGCAUCCAAGUUUCGUGACUGGCUGGACUGUAGCAGUAUGGAAAUAAAGCCAAAUGCAGUCGCAAUGGAGAUUUUGGCAUAUUUAGCAUAUGAGACUGUGGCACAGUUGGUGGACUUGGCCCUUUUGGUUAAGCAGGACAUGGCUCCCAAAGCUGGUGACCCAUUCAGUCAUGCCAUAUCUGCUACCUUCAUACAGUAUCACAGCUCUACAGAGCCACACCUCUUAGGGCAGGCCACAGGUGUGAAGACCAGUCUUGACUCUCCAGAAAACACACCACCUCCUACACCCACACCUCCAGUGUCAGCAGGACAGCAGCACAUUGGGAAAAACCAGGCAGGAGCCCUGGGCAAUGGUGGAAUUGGGCAGGACUCUACCAAAUCCAAACAAAGGAAAAGAAAAAAGAGUGCUGCAGCCUGUGGUAUUGAGGCUCAAAGCGAUGCCAUCCAGCCGAGCCACAUCAGAGAGGCCAUUCGACGCUAUGGCCACAAGAUUGGCCCCUUUUCCCCAUUCACAAGUGCCUACCGCCGAAACGGGAUGACUUUUCUAGCCUGCUAAUAUGGAUGUGGCCACAGCAACAGGAAAGACAGCGUUAUAUUAAGGUGAUUUGUUUUCCCCUCCGUGGAAAGAAAAAAAAGAAAUACAAAAUAAAAAAAACCACAAACUCCAUCGGCUCCGCACACCGGCGAGUGGGCUGGUUUGUUGUGACUAUCUGCUGGCUGCCUCUGUCUCUUUUUUUUU